UUUAACUUUAUUUGCAGUUUAUACAAUGCAGAUAAUAUUUAAUAAUUUAAUUUUUCCAUUUUCAGAAAAAUGGAAGCUACUAUAAAAUUUGGUGUCCCUAGUAUUGGAGAGCUCAGGAUUGCUAAGAUGCUAUUCGAUUUUAUUUCUUCAAAGCUAACAAAUGCAAUGUGCCAAACUAUAUGUGCAUCUGUUCAAAAUUCUUAUCUAGCAAACACUGAGUUGACUUCAGCCCAAUGCAUCCUUCUGGCUAUCCUCCACAGCUUACAGACUGGGGAUGUGCCAUUUUGUGCUAUUCUCCUCCAGCUCCCUAUUAUUGAAAAUUUAAAAUCACCUUUCAUCUAUGUUUGGCUUAGAGAUGAAUUUAUAUUUGAUGAACUUCAAGUUGUGAAAGCCUUAUCUCUGGCCGCCCAAUUGGCUCACACAGGAUGUUUGAAUAUUCCUGAACAUAUUCUCCGACUGUUGGCUACACUCACGACAAAAUACCACGUGUUUGAGCAUUGCAGAAAGUCUGGAGACCUUGAUACAAUAAAUAUGUUGAUGGAACUGCAUACCCCAAUAUCUAGAGGCCAGCAGACUGAAAUUAACGAAAUAUCAGCAACUAUGUCUGUAAUGCAAUCAGAUUCCACUCAUGAUAUUCAAAAUUCAGGAAUAACAACUGCUAAUGAUGAUACCAGUGUUGCUUCAUCGAUAGAAGUCAGUUUGGAUAGAGAAGUUUCAACUGAGAAAAAUGCAAUAGGCAAUGAAGAAUCAACUAGUAUCAAGCAGAUUUCUGAAGCAGCGGGAGGUGACAUAGUAUUUGAGAGGAAUGGUUUAGAAAAUGGAGCAUCUUCAUCGAGUGAUGAAUUAGAUACGAUGGUUGGUGGAUUUGUGGUGAUUGAAGGGGAAGGAGAUGAAGUUUCAGCUGUGGUGGAACACGGUUCACAUAGGUCCUCCGAGGAGACUACUCAGGAAUUCGUACAGAAUACCAGACAACAAAGAAGAACUGUAAUACAAGAAUUACGUGAAAAUAUGGAGAAGAUUGGACAUCUUAUUCCUUUGAUAAGAACACAACCUGCGGUACAGGUCAAUUUAACACCAGGAGACAUAGCAGUUAUACAAAAUUAUGUAUGGAGCCCAGGUGCAAGUCAUGCAGACUUAGUCAUGUUGGCAACAAACAAACGAGACUACAUGGGAAAUACACUACUUCACCGAGCCGCUGAAAAGGGUAGAUGGAUGGAUGUUAGAACAUUAGUGAAACUAAGAGAUAUGGUUGAUCUGAGGAAUGAUCUUUGUAAAACCCCUGCUCAUCUGGCUGCGAUAUCAGGAAGUGUUGAAUCCUUGCAGAUAUUGGUCGAUCAUGGAGCUAGCCUUUCAGCGACUACUGAAGAAGGUUAUACUCUCCUUCAUGAAGCAGCCAAGCAUGGGCAAACUGAAGCAGUCAGAUGGUUGCUGGAUAGAGGCGCUGAUAUUGAGGCAAGAGAUCGCCAGGGACAGACAGCAUUGCAUACAGCUGUUAUAUGGUGUCGAUUUGAGACGGUUGAUUUGUUGCUUAAUCGUGGAGCCCAUAUCAACCUCAGGAAUGUUUAUGGACAGACUCCUUUAGCUUUAGCUGCAUUAUCCAGACGAAGAAAGAUAAGAACUUUAUUAAAAUCCAAAGGUGGAAUCAAAUAAUUGUGAAACCAUUGAGUGGAAAGAAGUUUUAUUGUUAUGUUUAUCACUUAAUGUUAUUCGUUUAAUAAUAUAAACACUAUAUUAAAAAAACAAAAACAUUAUUACUAUGUAACUAUUGUUAAAAUCUGUAAUAUUUUGAAGUUAUCAAAAGAUUAUCAUAAAUAUUCAUAUAUUAUUUUGAGUAUAUAUUAUAUGAUAAAGAGCAUAGUUAUAUUUUACCAACAUAUGUUACAUUCUAUUUUCAGUAAAACUAUUAAGCAGGGCUAUUGUUUCUUAAUCCUAAUUAAUAACUAGUCACCAUCCUAGGUAGAGCCAAGCCUUUUAAAGAGGGAAACUGUUGUAAUGUUAUCACUUACAAGGGGUCAUUUUUAAAAUUAAAAUAAAGAGAUUUAUAUUUUAAUAAUCAAAUAAACAUCAGUUUGUGUAUUGAUAUUUGGGUACUUUUUGUCUAAGCAGCCGUUACUGACUGCUGUCUGCCAAUGUUUAUAACCUGAACACUGAUAGCUCCCAUAACGCAGUGAUAAGCCUUCUCCUACUUCACAUCUUUUUAUUAUUGUAUUAAAUUCGUAUCAUUGAAAGUGUAAACAGAUACAAAAAUAAAUGUAAUAACAACAAAAAUACUUUUAUUUGACGACAAAUAUAUUAAUGAAAUAAUAAAAAAACAAAUUUAAAAGAACAUAUUUACUUAGAAAAGAAAAAAUAUCAACACUAUAAACAACGUAUAUACAAAUUAUUUUUAGUUAAUUAUUCACUUCCUUUUGUCUUAUUUAUUUUGGAAGGCAAAAUUGUUUUAUGCUACUUAAAAUAGCGAGGAACGGAUCCUCGUCUCUGUGAACCCGCUGCCACAAAAAUUUGCACAAAUAUGAAUAGAGGUGUUGUCUGGCAGUUCCUCUAUGUACUUUAUUUCUCCACUUAGCUGAGCCCCACAAUCGUUCUAUGUGUUGAGUAUGAACCCCAGUUGAUGGAUCGACAAAAUUAUACCGGUGAUUCACUUGGAAAUGGUCAUAGUUUGCUUCGUUCAGUUGUUGGGUGUUGUAUCCUUUCCUACAGUCCGAAUAAAUGGUUGUUCCCUCUUCUAUAUUUUCUUUAAUGGCUUGUAAUAAUGUUGUUGUCUUUCUGUCAAUUAUUUUGACGAUAAAACAUUCAUCUGUUUCUCGGCAAACUCCACCAAUGAUAAGCCAGCAAGUACCCCAACAUUUUGAAAAUACUGAAUUGCCUGUUCUUCUGAAGACGGUAAAUCCCAUAUUCUAAGAAGAUCCAUAAUAUGACGAAAAUAAACGAAAAAAAAAUGAAAAAUAAACACCAAGGGGUCACAAACUAAAAAAAAAAGUAAAAUAAACACAAACGGACCAAAAACUAAAAAUAAACACAAACGGGUCAAAAGUAAACAAUUUAAUAAGUGGACGUAAUAAGGGAAUAACUGAAAACUAAACAAUGCAAUAACUCAAAAGUUUGGCGGGUUAAGAAGAGGGAGGUUAUGUGACAUGAUG